GUCGAGUGUUGGAUAGUCGGAGUUCUUGGAGCAUUUCAUCUAUAACGGAAUUGUUUUGGGGAGUAGUAGACUUUGUGAUUCUGUAUAUCCAGAGCAUCAUUAACCCACAUGUGGCAAGAAGAGGCAAUGUAGCUUCCUCCUUCUCAGGAUAUGAUGAUGGAAGAGGACCUCCUGGAUUUCCUCGCCGUAGAAUGGGUCAAAUAAAACACCUUGGUGGAGGCCCAGCUCCACCACCAAUGGGUGGAGGUGGAUGAGGAAGGUAAACGCCUGCUCUAAGAGGCAGGCAACUGGACAUACAUAUCUGCAAGAUUGAGAAGACCUCUUGAGGGCUGGACCAAAUGAGUCUGCAGGUUGUGAAUAUGUACGUCUAAAUGAAACACUGCUCUGCAAACUAGCAGAACAAUGAAGUUAUGCUGGGAACUCCGUUUUCCAGGAUCCAGUAUAACCGAAAUGCAGUUCUAUUAAAUUAAUUGCACCUAUUUUACCGUGUCUUAAGCCUUUUUGUAUAGUUUGUGA